AUGGGUGGGACUCAAAAUGGGAAAGCCGUGGCGAAUGGAAGAGUGAAAAACGGAAAGAUAACCGAGAAAGACACGAUUCCAUUGGAAGAAUGCCCAAAACCAGCAUUUUAUGUGUUCUGGCUGGUUCAAUUGAACAUCACCAUGAUGCUUCUGGGUGCAAUGGUCGCCACACUGUUCGAUAAAUGGGGAAUUGUGAAGACAAAACGGGCAAAAGGAGAUCCCAGAAUGGAGGACUUUGCACCACUUGGAAACAGCUUCGAUGCCACGUACACAGAUCAUAUUUAUCGACGAUCAACCGAUGUUGUCAAUAGGCCGAUUAGCGGUGUUCCAGGAGCUAUUGUUAGGCUGAAAGAUAGAUAUAGUGACGAUCACGGAUGGACACAAAAAUACUCGGGUAGCGAAACAGAAGUCAUCAAUCUUGGAUCUUACAAUUAUCUCGGAUUCUCUCACCGAUCGGGUGUUUGCGCCGAUGCCGCUGCUGCUCAAAUAGAUAAAUAUGGAAUAAAUUGUGGAGGAUCGAGACAGGAAUGCGGAAACCAUCUUUCCCAUAAAUCAGUCGAUCGUACCAUCGCUGAAUACCUGAGAGUAGAGGAUGCUGUCGUUUUCCCUAUGGGUUUCGCCACUAAUUCGAUGAAUAUUCCGGCUCUUGUCGACAAAGGAUCUCUUAUUCUUUCUGAUCGGCUGAACCACGCAUCGCUGGUCACUGGAUGCCGUUUAUCUGGUGCACACACUUUAGUCUUUCGUCACAAUAACGCUAAAGAUUGUGAACGAAAAUUGCGAGAUGCUUUGUCUGGAGUGAGCCCGAAGACUGGACAAAAAUAUAACAAAGUCCUGAUUAUCAUUGAAGGAAUCUACAGCAUGGAAGGAACCAUUGUCGAUUUGCCAUCGUUUAUCGCUAUCAAGAAAAAGUAUAAUUGUUAUCUUUUUCUCGAUGAAGCACACAGUAUCGGAGCAGUCGGUCCAAGUGGAAGAGGUGUUGCCGAGUAUUGGGGAUGUGAUCCCAAAGAUAUUGAUAUUAUGAUGGGUACUUUGACAAAGUCUUUCGCUUCGGCUGGAGGAUAUAUGGGCGGUGCGAAGAAAACUAUCGAUCACAUUCGCCGUUAUUCCGCUGGUACUUGUUACGGAGUGACCAUGUCGCCUCCACUCAUCGCUCAAGUCGAAAAAGCAGUUCAGAUUAUGUGCGGCCAAGACGGCACAGAUAUCGGCCGUCAAAAAGCCAUUCAACUUCUCGAAAAUUCCCGAUACUUCCGGAAGGAACUUCGCAAACGAGGAUUUCUAGUUUAUGGAAAUAAUGAUAGUCCAGUAGUGCCAUUAAUGACAUUUUAUAUCACUAAAGUUGUCGAAUUUUCACGACGAAUGCUCAAACAUAACAUUGGAAUAGUGGCGGUCGGAUAUCCAGCCACUCCACUGUUGGAAGCACGGGUUCGCUUCUGUUUAAGUGCCGAUCACACAAAAGAGCAUUUAGAUUAUAUUCUGGAAGCUCUCGAGCAAGUCGGUGCUGAAACGAACACAUUUUACGGGAAGAAAAUCACUGACGAGUAA